GUCUACCAACCCCACCGAAGCCAAAAGUGACACAUUCAUCGUGCGGUGCGGCCUGCUUGGAUCUCCUUCGUCGCGUCGGCGUUCCCCGGAAGAAAAGUGACCACGGAAAAGCUGAUUUUUGUCCAGUUUAGUGCGCCUACUUUGCCGGUGACGGAACGUUGUUCAACUUGCUGAAGAAGUAAGUUUUGGUGGAGUAUUUUGGCAAUCGGCGUUGUUCCGGCGGAAGAUUUUCGACUCGACUCGACUUCAAGCGCAGAAAGAAACACAAAAUGGCUGACAACCAGGAGAAUGGCUACGACGAGGCGAGCGACUUCAAGCGCAAGAACAACAACAAGCAAGCGCCGGAUGCGGACGAGGACAUGGACGCCGAGAGCCAACAGCAGUCCCAGAAGGCGCAGGAGUACAUCAAGGGCAUGAUGGCCGAGCGGCAGGCGCUGGACCGCAAGUAUCCGAUCGCGGACCGGCUUCUGGAAGUGGAAAUUGAAUCCGUCCAGAAAUCGGGCAAACCGCCGGCGCGUCGCUACAUCGACAUCUACCGCGAGAAGCACAUCAAGGUCUCGGUGAAGAUCCUCGUCCCCAUGAAGGAGCACCCGCGGUUCAACUUUGUCGGCAAGCUGCUCGGCCCCAAGGGAAACACGCUGAAGCGCCUCCAGGAGGACACCAUGUGCAAGAUGGCCAUCCUGGGACGUGGCUCGAUGAAGGACCGCAAAAAGGAGGAGGAACUGCGCGCCUCGAUGGACACCAAGUACGCGCACCUGUCUGACGAACUGCACGUCGAAGUCAGCGCGAACGGACCGCCGGCGGAAGUGCACGCCCGGAUCGCGUACGCCAUGGCUGAACUGCGCAAGUACCUUAUCCCGGACAGCAACGACUUCAUCCGGCAGGAGCAGAUGCGCGAACUGAUGGAGGACCAGGACCCGGAGGUGGCGGUCCCCCCCAAGAAGGUCUACAAACCGAAGCCGAUUCCGAUGGAACAGCCGUCGCCACCGCCGCCGCCGCAGAUUGCCAUGUCGCGCCCGCUGCCCGCCCAGAAGAAGGUGCUGUCGAUUUUGGACAAGGCGCGCGCCGCCAUGGAGGAGACGCACGGACCAAGCACUUCCACUUUCAGACAAAUGGCCCCGGCCCAGCGCUACGAGGAACCGGUGUACGAGCACGGGUACGAACCGACGUACGCGUACCACCCGUCCGGUCCGCCCGCACCCCGCCCCAAGUACGCCCCCGCCCCCCAGGAAGCCCCCGAGUACGAGCAGGAGUACCGCCGUGAGUACUACCGAGAGCCGGCCCCGUACGCAGCGCGAGGUUUCGUCCGGGGCUCAUAUCGGGGUAUUUACAUGCCACGGAGGGGGCAUCCUCCGCCGGCGACAACAACGACAUAUCAGUGAGAUUAUAUUAGAUAGUUAUUUAAGAAAUACUUUUUACCAAUAUUAUCAGCGUCGUUGUGACUUUACUAAUUAAAAAAAAAAGGUUUUAUUCAAUAUGUUGAGAAAUUUUGGACUAAACAUGUCCUAACUGUCCUGAAUAUUUAGUUUUAAAAACUUCGAAAAAAGUCAAAUUUGAGCUACCAAAAAUGGUUUGAAAUUCUACUCUUGAAAUAAGUUUUUGAAAUUUUUCAACAAUGGCGAAUUUAAAAAAAAACAUAUCUUAUAAGAGUGAACGAAUAUGAACCACCCUAGUUGCCAUAAAAACUAGGUUCGACCACGUUUGUCCACAAACCAAUUUUACCUGCAUUUGAGCUCACUAAGAGCAGUUUUGAUACUGAUUAAUGCGAUAUUCAUGUAAAUUUUCUCAUAGAGCAUGGUACAAAAUCUCAUAAAAUGACCAUUUUUAAAUCGCUGUAACAUGGGUUUAAGAAAAACCCUUUUGAGAUGUUAUAUUCAUAUUAAAGAAGAAGUUUUGAGCUUUCAGAUGCACCGCAGAGCGUAUUUUUUGUGUUCCCCUCGAAAAGAUACCAACAUUUGAAAAAGGCCUAUUAAAAACUUUAAAAACGCUGUAACUUUUUACCACAAUGACCUAGCGACUUGUUGACAUUUCAAAAGAAGCGUAUUUUUAUGCUCUAAAUAUGUCCCGAAGACACCAAAAUUGCCAAAAAUAAAACAAAAAAGAUACGCAAUAAAAACACUUUUUUGAUGGGCCACCCUACUGCUUUUCAUAUAAAAUGCUGUAGAAUGAUCAGAUUAAGAGAUAGAGAUUUGGUGUCUUCGACAAAGUUGUUUGAAAUGGCUAGUACUACAAUACUGUCGAAGAAAGUAUACCUCUAUCUCAUCUAGAAGCGAAGAUAGUUUUUGAAAAUAUUAGAAAUUGUUGGACCACCCUAAUAUUGUUUUGACCAAAAGAUGUAGAAUUUCAUUUUUAACAAAUGCUUCUUAGACACCGAAGCUCGAAAAUGCAUCCCUGAAGCGGAAAUAAAUUAUUCCUGCUAAAUUUGCGUUUCCGACCACUGUGCAAUGUAGGGAACUAACGCAACCUGCUGCCCUGUCUAUUUUCUGCCAGUCAUUUCACUAAAAGGCAUUUAGCCGAAUUGUUUAUUUUAUAAUCCUAAAUUGCAUUUUUUUGCAUAUUGUACUUUUAAAUUUUGUAAAUUUAUUUCUUUGAAUUUUGCAUUUUCAAAUGGUAGAAUAAUCAACCUCAAAAUAUUUUCCACGCAUCAAAAAAAUCUUUUUAAACCAGGGAUGCCACAUAUUUUUUUAAAUGUCUAAAAAAGUCUGUGUAUGUCUGCGCAUUUGUCUAAAACUCAAAUAUUUCAAUUUGCAUUCAUAGAAAUCCAUCAGAAGUUGCGUAUUUUAACAUUUGAAGACUAACGAAAUAACUGUUGGUUGAUGUUUUUACAAAAUAUUGAUUUAUUGAAGAUUUUUUAAAGUCUGUGCACCUAUAAAAAUUACUGACACAAGCUCAAAUGACUGUGAAUCACAGACAAAUAUGUGCAUCUGGAAUCCCUGAUAUAAACAAAAGCUUUCGUAGAACGUAAAAUUAUGUUUUAUUUAACAUGUUUUCCAACAAAAAACGUCUUAAAUAAGCCUCCUAGAUCGGUGUAAAAUGCAAUUAGCUGCGAUAAGCGCUACGUUUCAAACUCUCACUUACUUGAUCUAAUCUAAUCUAACAUAAACGCAGCCAGUCCGAUGAAAGCAUGCUGGGAAGUCUUUUCAUUAGAAACCGCCCCAAGCACUUGUCUUGUCAAUAUUAAUAAUUCCAUUACAUCCGAAAACACCCGAAAAUGUAAUACAAAAAUUGAAGCGGCCAGCCCUACUGCGUUGCGUUUACCGCAGAGAGGAUUCUGAGAACGGAUCACAUUUCACAGAAUCUACAAGGGAGGAAGGAUGCGUGGACAUACCGUACCAAACGUCCGCUUUCAUACUUCUCACUUACUAAAAAUGAGUACAGCCUUGGUGAAAACAAAACAGUAAAAAAGGAGGGUUUGACUGUUGCAACAAAAUAGCUUCAAUUUUGAUUAGGGGAAUAGUUCAAGUUGAUUUUGAAAAUCAUCAACACACUUUUUUGUAUAUCUUUUAAUAAAUUGUUGGCAGCUUUUUGUAAUAUUUCCUAAAUAAACCAACGCAAAGCGAUGUUUCGUCUACUUUAUUUUAUUACAAGGAACGUCGAUCAAUAAUACUACCGGUCCAACCAAUAUCUGUGAUAGGCACAUUGGACAAUCGAACUCAACCUUAGAGGUUAACCUAGCGUUAGUGUAUAAAAAAUAAAGAAUUAGCUACAACUAAUCA